UCGGCCCGGACAUGGAAGGGAUACCCCUGCUAAUGAAUCCAUUGAAUCAGCCCGAGUCAGCAUAAAUAGGCUGCCACCGCGUAGUAGAUUAAUUGCAAGGCGUGCUUGGCUAUUGCUGCUGAAUUAGAAACCACACCGAUCUCUGCCGGGCUGUGUGCAAUUACCAUGUUGAGAACGAAACUCAAUUAGAGUCUCUUCUCAAGGCACGCGAUGGAGAUCUUCGGCCCACUCCCAGGGCCCUGGGACCAAGCUGUCUAUUUUAGAGUCGUUGAUACGCAAUCAACAACUCCCUCUUGAACUGGAUGCGCUCUUAACUGCUUUAUGCUGAUAGUCUCUCUUUACCUAGUGGCAAUGUAUGCUCUGAAUACCUUCGUUUCGUAUCCCACUUGUUCUUUACCCGCAUAAUUAAUUACGUUUCCGCGUGAAAAUUUGCUCGACAUGCACGUUGAGAAAUUAGUUCGCCUGGUCGCCAUUCUUUCCUUUAGCAGCGAAGCUGUAGCCUAUCCAAACCCCUACCAGACAAGAUGGGAAGAACAUCUGCACAAAAGGAUUCAUGUUGCCAGACAGCAUGCUUUUUUCAAUACCACUCAGCCUCAUCUCACGCCAGCAUCAACGUCAUCCGUUUCUGUCUCGGCUACCACCACUCAAACCGGACCAUCCAGCUCGGCACCGGCACAGUCAACAAUAUCUAAUGGCGAGAUUGUUGCUGCAGUCAUUGGAACGACUUAUGUGGUCGGUCUUGGGGGUGCCGUACUCAUGGUAAACGGAACACCUUACACGUUAGCCGCAGGAACCGUCGUCGCGAUCACCGGUGGGGGUCCAAAUGGAAAUACUCCUGAAAUUGAGACGGUCUCGGACCCGGACAGACCACAGGAGCCCAAGACCUCCGAAGUAACCUCUCCGAUUUCUUCAUCAAUUUCCGUCACUUCCACCACUACUUCGACUGCAUCGACCACAUCCUCAUCGGCAGCAGCAGCAACUCCUUACAUAGUCCUUUUUUCGCCCAAUACCACGGCGGAGGAAAUACGGGCCGUCAAUACCAUGCUUGACAAGGAGGCGGCCCCGAACUCACUGUCAGAAGUAACCAGCGACCGUACCGGGCUUGUGGUGUUUUUCAGAGCGGGCAUCAAUCCCACUCAAGCUAACGCCAUCGGACAACAGCCUGGUGUUAGCGGUGUGUUUGUAGAUGAGACUUUAGAACAGGAACAGCCGCCUUCUUCUGCUCCUCCAUCCUCUGCAUCUCUCCAGCCCACUCCCACUGGCCCCCCUGGCUCGCCCAAGUCCAACGUCCCCAACCCGGCCGACAUCAGACUGCAGUCCGAUGCCGUGGAUGAACUGAAGGUUAUAUCGCAGCCUGCUGGUGCAAACCUUGCCGAGUUACCUGGCUACGGGUACGCCCAAGAGGGUGGUAAGGGUGUCACCAUCUACGUGGUCGACACUGGAGUUAACUCCCAAAACCCAGAAUGGAUCAAUAUGCCCGGAAGCAAGUCUUUCUUGUAUGCUCCGGGUGCUACAGAGGAAGAGACAGACUUCUUGAAUCAUGGCUCUUGCGUCGCCUCCAAGGCAGGCGGCCCGGUAUACGGCACCGCGAAGGAUGCCAACAUGGUCGCUGUCAAGCUGCCUCGCAACCUUCACAUCUCCGCCAUCCUUACAGUCUUGACCGAGAUUAGUAAUAAUGUCUUCAAGAAGAAUCUUCAAGGAAAGGCCGUCGUCAACCUCUCGCUUAGCACUCGGAUCCCGGACAAGCUCUCAUCCACAGCAACUGCAUACAAGCUGCUUCUGGUCUCAUUGAUGUCGGAAGA